AAGCUACUGAUCUGCUAAUGUAGUGUCAGACUAUCGAGGGAAGGCACAGCACACGGUAAGCUGAGCGCGACGCCAAUUUCCGACACGAAGCGAGGCGAGGCAUGUGCGCAACAGCGACUUGCGUCCAAGGAUCAUCGAGGUAGAAUGGCAGUUGUCAAGCAUUUUAGUACAAUAAUAGUGAUGGACUCCAUACCACCAGCGCUGUAUGGACACUUUAUUCCCAGAGUUAAAGAGUUCAGGGGAUGGCAUUGCGUUGACUGAACGCACGGACAUACAAUCUUGCAGCUAAGAAGACAGGUUUUUUUCCGUGCAAGUCGGGUUGUAAUGCAGACAUCCCACCAUGUCCUCGUCUCCACUCUGGCCGCUCGGCCCCCUCAUCGCCGUGGCUACGCAGCUGCUGCUGGGGGCGCUGGUGAUGUCAUCCGCAGGGGCCGGACAUCGGGAGCCAUCAGCGGCUUCUAUUGUGUGCCCUGAGAGCUGCUACUGUUCCCCCAUCCUCGAUCGGGGCGGGGCUGGACACAGAGGGGGCGGGGACUCUGAGGAACUUGGAGGCGUAUCGGUACGCUGCAGUAACCAGCUACUGACCUCGGUGCCCCUCAACCUGCCCAACAGCACGCGACGCUUGUAUCUGGACUACAACCAGCUGUCCUUUCUGCCAGCCGAUGCCUUCGUGGGACUCCCCCUGCUGUCCGAACUCGAUCUCUCACACAACAAGCUCUCUCUGCUUGAGCCUGGCUCCCUGGCUGCCCUGGGCCGAUCACUACGCACCCUGGACCUCUCGUCCAAUCAGCUGACCACGCUGGACCCCGAGGCGCUAGGCGGGCUCUUGUCGCGCACCAACCUCACCGACAAUCCCUGGCACUGUGACUGCAAGCUGCAGGAGGCCGUUCCAAGGCUGGAACUGGAGCCUGCUUCUCUGUUGGGUCUGCUGUGUGAUUCUGUGACCCCCAAAGAACUGGAGACCGGGGCCAAGGGAAAGGCACUGGUGCUACUGGCACAGGAGACGGACCUGUGUGCGGGCAUCAAGCGCACCACGGACGUGGCCUUGUUCCUGGUGAUGUUUGGCUGGUUCGGCAUGGUCAUCACCUACCUGGUCUACUAUGUUCGGGCCAACCAGGAGGACGCGCGCCGCCACCUGGCCUACCUCAAGUCCCUCCCCAAGGAGGGCGCCAGCGACGCCUCGUCCACGGGAAGCACCAUGGUCUGACCUCUGACCUCAGUGGCAGCGACAGAGACAUGUCAUCCCCCGCAAGCAUCAUGGUCUGGCUGAUCCAUCUUUUCCAGAUUUCCAUCAGUCUACUCCUCCCUCUUCAUCCCUCCAUCCUACUGUACCUCAAGACCCAAGGACGGCGGCAGCAACCACGGGAAGCACCAUGGUCUGACCCGCCGUCUCUGAGGAAGACUGAGAGGUCCAAAUGUCAUUAUGCUUGCCAGUGAAUAAAAAGAAAAAAUAACUUAAAGAAGAAAAAAUCCAAAGGAGUGUGCAAACCUUUUUUCCAGAAAACGUUACUUUUUUGUUCAGCACCAGGGAUUGUUCCCAACUAACUCUACAACUGACCCACCGUCUCCGUACCUCUGCCCUUCACCAUCCUUCCAUCCCUCAUUCAAGUUCAAGAGGUUUAUCGUCACUGUCAAAAAAGGCAACAAGAUUGUGAGUUGAGCAUGACACUGAGUAGAAGAUUCCCAUUGACAUGCAACAAAUAUAAAAGUGUCACUUUGAUUCUCUCUCCCUCCACCCAUGCACCUCCUGAAGGCACCUCCAUCCCUCUUCCCCUCCCAACCCAUACCUCCAUCCUGCUGCCACCCGACCUAGCUCAAGCCCCUGCCAUCUUGUCAGCACCUGCCUGCUGAUAGCCUACUCCAUGCUGUCCAGUCCAGUGGUGACGGCACUCUCUCUCUCAUUUUCCUCAUUCACUGAGCAAGUGGCCUCCCCAUCCCCCACCCUUUCAACCUGAUGCCACCUGACCUACAGGCAUGUUUCAGUGCGUACAGCGCUCACUCUGAAAAGUGAAAGUGCACUGGAUGUU